AGCUGGACCAGCAAUGGCUCUGCUGAAGGUUCUGCUGCUGCUGGGGCUGGGUGUUGCAGUGAGUUCAGUGUCUCUGCAGAAGAGAAUUAUUGGAGGUGAGAAAUGUAGAGACGAUGAGCGUAGGUAUCAUGUGAAGAUUUAUGGACAUAAUAAGACACAGGACUAUAUUUGUGGAGGAUCUCUGAUCAGUCAUCGGUGGGUUCUGACUGCAGCUCACUGCUGGGAGUCAGAUCCAGGAUGGGUUAUUGAGGCACAUGUAGGAGUUCAUCCUAAAAGUGCUCCAAAGCAGAUUUAUACAAUCACUCAUCAUGAGAUUUAUAGAGACAGCAACGGUCGUAAACAUGACAUCAUGCUCCUCAAGCUGCCAAGACUAACAAUAAUCCAACCAGUCAGACUAGCUGCCUGUCCAGAUACUCUCCUACUGUAA